AUGUCUGCUACUGCUAAACCACAAUUGAUCUGUUUGGGUAACCCUUUGCUUGAUUAUCAGGCGACUGUACAACCUGAAUACUUGGAGAAAUACGGAUUGAAACCCGACGAUGCUAUUCUAGUUGAUGCUGCUUCGAACGAGCCUAGAAUGGCGAUCUUCGAGGAAAUGUUGGGUUUUGACGAUGUCAAGUUUGUCGCUGGUGGUGCAGCUCAAAACACUGCUAGAGGUGCAGCUUAUUUUCUAGGUGCUGGUCAAGUGGGCUACUUCGGCUCUGUUGGUGAAGACAAAUACUCUGAGAAAUUGCUUGAAGAGAACAAGGCAGCAGGUGUGCUGUCUUUGUACCAGUUCCAGAAGGAUAUUGGUACUGGUAAAUGUGCAGCUAUGAUUAAUGGCCAUUAUAGAUCUAUGGUGACCGAUCUUGGUGCUGCCAAUUAUUUCACACCAGACCAUUUAGACAAGCAUUGGGAUUUCGUUGAACAGGCUAAAUUCUUCUACGUUGGUGGCUUCCACUUGACUGUGUCUCCAGAAGCUAUCUUGAAAUUGGCCAAGCACGCUCAGGAGAAAGGUAAGCCAUUUGUGUUGAAUUUGAGUGCUCCUUUCAUCCCACAAUUCUUCAAGGCUCCUUUGGAACAAGUCUUGCCAUACACUACCUAUGUCAUCGGUAAUGAAUCCGAAGCUGCUUCUUACGCUGAGUCUUUCGGUCUACCUAGUGAUAAGAGGGACUUGCUCUCUAUCGCCAAGCAGAUUGUUGGUGACUCCCAAGACAGAACUGUGAUCUUCACUCAAGGUUUGGACCCUACCAUUGUCUACUCGGCUAAGAACUCCAAGACUUACCCAGUGAGACCAUUGGCCGGUGAUAAGAUCGUCGACACCAACGGUGCUGGUGACGCAUUCGCUGGUGGGUUCAUGGCUGGUUUGACUCAAGGUAAGCCAAUUGACACUGCCAUUGAUAUGGGCCAAUGGUUGGCCUCCUUGUCUAUUCAGGAGGUCGGUCCCUCUUAUCCAAAGAGCAAGGUCGAGUAUCAGGCUUAA